UUUUCUUAAUCGCAGAACUUGUUCUCUACUUUCUAAGGUAGACACAGACACUUCGCCACACAGAUCUGCUGCUAUGGAACUCUCCAAAUCGCUGCACAUCUUUCUGUUCCUCCUGCUGUCUUUUGUGUCAGCGCACCGUAACCGGAUCAUUGGAGGCGAGGAGUGCCCUGACAAUAAUCAUUCUUGGCUCACUCUGCUCUAUGACUCUGACCAGCUUCUGUGCUCUGGAAUGUUGAUCAACCCCGACUGGGUGCUCACGGCUGCUCACUGCUACAUACGCGGAAACAUCCAGGUAAGGCUCGGAGCACACAACAAAGAUGACUAUGAGCAGUUAAGAGUCAGCACGUUGAAGAAAUGCCCUGGUGUCGAGAAUUGCUUGUGCUUUACCGACGACAUCAUGCUGAUCAAACUGAACAGCUCUGCUGACAUGACUGAGCGUGUGUCUAUCAUUGACUUGCCCUCCAGCUGCUCCCCGGUGGGAACAGAUUGCACUGUGAUGGGCUGGGGCACAACCACCACUCCUGAAGAGACGUAUCCCAACGUCCCUUAUUGUGUUAACAUUACGAUAUUCGACAACCGUGUGUGUCAGGCUGCUUACCCAUGGGAAGUGAACGACAACAUGUUUUGUGCAGGAUACUUUGAUGGAGGCAAAGAUUCAUGCCGGGGCGAUUCUGGGGGACCCCUUCUCUGUGUUGGCGGAGGCCUCCAAGGCGUGGUCUCUUUGGGGGGCUUCCCUUGCGCUCAGCCUGGUGACCCUGGCAUCUACAUCAAGAUCUGCAAAUUUCUUGACUGGAUCCGUACUACUAUAGAGGAGAAUACAUUUAAGUCUGGUGCCUGUGAGGAUGGAAUAUACCAGUAGAAACCUCUUAAGCAGGCAUCCCCAAACUUCAGCCCUCCAGAUGUUUUGGACUACAAUUCCCAUCAUCCUUGACCACUGGUCCUCUUAGCUAGGGAUCAUGGGAGUUGUAGGCCAAAACAUCUGGAGGGCCGCAGUUUGGGAAUGCCUGCUCUUAAGCAACAUGAGGGGGAAUAACUUAGUUGCAACUGCCUUCUUUCCGCCAUGUCUUAAGUCUGCAGACCUAGGCAUAUUUUAUCCUGGGAGUAAGACUCAUCGAACACGGUGGUACUUACUUUGAAGUAAACAUGGAGAGGAUGGUGCUGUGCAACACCAUGCCCCACCUUGAAAUCCUGAUCUGGUACACAUUUACUUAACAGUAAGUCACACUAAACCGAAUGACACCUGUUCCCAGGAGAAUGAGCAUAGCUUGGUGGUCCUAUUGCUGUGAUGCAUGAAUUAUUACCUCCCUCAAUGCUAAAAUAUUGAAUCUUCUGAUUACAUAGCAACCAUAGUUUCCAUGCAAUCUUCUUGCUCUGAAAGCUAACACCUGAAAAAUAAAGUAAUCAGCAGAAUUUAAGUGUCUGUCUCGUUUUCUGAUCCA